UGACGACGGUGUAAGAUGAUUUGGCGGUCACCUCAGACUGGUACACGCGUCGGUGCAAUUCACAUGAGUUGGCGGAUUAUAAAGAUGAGCUCGUCAUGUUCUUCUGUUUUAGAUAUUCAAACUAAAUAUACUUCUAGGUCUUAGGAGUUCCUAGACGAUAUCAACAAUCGCAACCUCCAGCCCGAACUAUCAUGAAGUCUUCUCCGCUCUAUGUCUUGAUGGCCUUCGCCAGCGCCCUUUCUUCCUCCCUCGCCAACAUCCUCGAUCCACUCAAUCCAAAGGAUGGUUCCGCAACGGAACUCUCCUUGAAGUUUCAACCCGCCUUGGACUUCGAUAAGGACUCUUGCUACCACGUCACUGCCUUGGACCUCAAAGGCCACUUCAAUGAAGGUCUAAGACCAAAUCACCCGGUAGGCGCCAGUGUUUGCCGUACCGCGGACCGAUUAGCGCACAGCAAUGCUUACGUCCGACGUCGUUGCAAUCACUACUGGUGCGCCUACAUGUACGGCUACUACUUCGAAAAGGACGAAGGCCCAUUCGUAUCGCACAUCCACGACUGGGAGCAUGUCAUUAUCUGGACACUGCACAACGAGAUAUUCUACGUCUCCUGGUCCGCGCAUGGCAAUUACACAACUAAGCAUAUUUCGGACUCGGCUCUGCGAUUCCACGAAGGCACGCAUAUCAAGAUAGUGUAUCAUAUCGGUAGCGGGCCAUGGUCCACACAUUCGUUGCGGUUGGCGAAGGGUAGUGACGAGCCGCCGGAGAAUCAUUGGGGCCGGUGGUUUGUCGCUUGGCUAGUAGAGGUCACAUGGAUGGAGCCCUGGUCGAAGAUGCUACUACAGCAUAAUUGGGGGGAAAAGCCUCACCCGGACAUGAGGGAGGAUGACUUUGGGAUGAAACUGAAGGAGACCGCGCCGUGGGAUGCUAUCCACAAUGAAGGAUUUGACCCUUGGAGUGAUGCCGAUACGUGGGCAACCACGAGUCUGCUAUCAGGUAUGGGUCUGCGAAGUAACUUCACUUCGGUCGAAGAGCUUGUCCAACAGGAUCUGUGAGAAUGGGUGUUAUUGCAGUG